AUGUACAAAGGCCCGCACCGGGAGAACUGUGUCACUGAAGUACUAUCUACUGAUCACCUGCACUUGGAUUCGUCCAUAAUAUCAGAGAAUGUGAAGUCCUUUAUGCGGAAAGAUCCGUCCUUGAAAGUUGAAUUCAUACAGGAACUCAUCUCCAAGCAAUUUCAUUUCGAUGUUCCGUAUCGAAGAGCAUGGUAUGCGAAGGAGAAAGCAAUAGCUGAAAUAUCUGGGGAUAGGGAGAGUUCUUAUGGCAGACUUCCGCACUUCAUGCAAGCACUCCAACAGUCAAACCCGGGAACGUGUGUCGUAUGGAAACACAAAGCUUUGGUGGACGGUGUAUACUACAGCAACAUGGAAGUGUUUGAACGAGUGUUUUUGGCCUUCGGUCCUUGUAUCGACGGUUUUAAACAUUGUAUGCCUGUUAUCUGUAUCGAUGGGACGCACUUGUACGGGAAGUACAAAGGAACACUGUUAGUUUCUACAAGUGUGGAUGCAAGCUUCCAAGUAUUUCCGCUAGCAUUUGCGGUGGUUGAAGGGGAAAACACUUCUAGCUGGUCUUGGUUGCUUGGCUGCAUUCGGGUUCAUGUCAUGCAACGAGAUGGCCUCUGUGUUAUAUCUGAUCGACAUCCUGGGAUCAUUGCAACAAUGAAUGAUCCUAACGUUGGAUUCAUCGAGCCGCGAGCCUAUCACAGGUUUUGUGUUUGCCACAUAGCUUCUAACUUGAAGACUCACAUAGCAACGAAAUGA